GGACUUAGGACCCGGUAGAGACAGCCGACACACCUCACCUGUGCGCCGCCGCUGCCCUGACCGAGCGUCUCUCUACCUGGAGAAGUUGGCGGGCUCGGUUACCGUUAUUUCUCUCGGACUACACCGCGAUGUGGCGGCGGUUCGGGCGCGCUUUGUUGUUGGCCUCCUUGGCGCUGAUGCUCUCCUGCUCCGGAGCGGAGGUGGUGGUGUUCCGCUGCCCGGGCUGCACGGCGGAGCAGCAGGCUGCAUGCCCCAAACCACCGGAGUCGGACUCGUGCGCGGAGCUCGUGCGGGAACCGGGCUGCGGCUGCUGCCCGGUGUGCGCGCGGAAGCUGGGUGAGUUCUGCGGUGUGUACACGGCGCGCUGCGCUACCGGCCUGCGCUGUGCGCCCAACCGGGACCUCGACAUGCCCCUGGACCAGCUGGUCAGAGGGCACGGGACCUGCGAGGUCAGGACGGACAGCACGGACGCGUUCGAGGAGCGAGAGAUCGAACCCGACUACGGAGAGCCGUUCGGGACGAGACCUCCGCCACAGAAGAGGCCAAACAAGGACGUCUGGCAGAUGAAGGAGACCAUGGCAAAGCAUUACCAGAACGAGCAGAAAGCCAGGAUGAUGAAUCGUGUGGAGGAGCCCAAGGUCCCACGACCCAAACAGAGUCAGUGUCAGCAGGAGCUGGAUAAGGUGCUGGAUGAGAUCUCCAGAAUGACUUUCCUUGAUAAUAAAGGACCUCUGGAGAACCUGUACGACCUGAACUUCCCCAACUGUGACAACAGAGGACAGUAUAAUAUAAAGCAGUGCCACAUGUCCACCCACGGCCAGAGGGGCGAGUGCUGGUGUGUGAACCCCCACACCGGUGUCCAGAUUCCUUCCUCCGUCAGGGUGAGGGGCGACCCCAACUGCAGCCAGUACUUCGGCGGGCCCGAGCUCCAGCCCCCCGCCAGCCUGUACGCAUGAGCGUGGACGAGCGGGGCGACGGGACCACGGGAGACGAGGCUGCUGGGACACAGAGGCUGAAAAACAUGACAAUAUGUUAUAAGACAUGACAAACGCUGUAUAAUACGGUGAUACGACCUGCUAUCGUACCCGGAAUAUUAACGCUUUAAGGUCCAGUGACCCCAAACUGUAAUCCUAUAAAAGCAUUAUUGCAUUAUUAGUGCUCACUAAACACACAUCACAUGAUUUUAAUGCAGAUGUGGUACAAAUAGCCAUAAACUUGUACGAUUCUUUGGCUGAACCCUAUAAAAGUUUCACCAUUUUUUUAAAUAAUGUUUAAAAUAUCAUUUCUUUGCAUUACUUAGUUUCUUGGGACUAAACCAACGACAAACAUGAAUAUUUUUGUACUAGUGAGUGCACACAGUGUUGUUUAAUGCGCCUUUACCAAACAGUUGAGAUGAUCACAAAAAUAAAGGUUAAAAAAACUGUUUUCUUAAAACCA